AGUAGGUUUGUUCUCCUCUCCGACUUUGGAUCUUGUUUGGUUGCCGAGAUGCUGGAAAACAGCUGAGAGGCCGCGCGCAUAACCGAACCCGAACUCACCUGCGUGAGAAGGGAAUGCCCUUAGAGAAGUCGUCCACCUCCGACAUUUCCGUCUUUUCUCAAACUUUUUCUUGUCAUCUAGUGCGGACCAGACAGUCCAUGGGGUCUGUAGAUAACCAGUAUUUGUUGACUUAAACCUAGAGGUACAGAAGCAUCCUCUUUGGAUGGGUGAGUUGGGAAAAACUGCACUGAAGAGGAUUUGGUUAUGGAACUGAAGAUUAUGUCAAGUUUGGAUGGAUAAAAACCAAGGCGCUUUUGUAUUUCCAGGAUCUAUCAGAAAGAUUUUUCAGUAAAUGUGGAGUGAAUAAGUGAAAGUAAUCAAAAGAACGGAAAGUAGCUCUGCUGGUGUGAGAAAGGAACAUCCUACAUAUGGUGUUUAUUAUUUCUGGAAAGACAGCCUGUCUUCUGGACAGACUGACGAGUUUAUGUUGCAGGUUUUCUCUUAGUCUUUUGCCUAAGAAUAUACCAAAUGUCACAUCUUUUCACCAGUGUAGAUUACUUCAUACCACAUUGUCAAGAAAAGGACUGGAAGAAUUUUUUGAUGACCCAAAGAAUUGGGGGGAAGAAAAAGUGAAAUCUGGAGCUUCAUGGACCUGUCAGCAAUUAAGGAAUAAAAGUAAUGAAGAUUUACAUAAACUUUGGUAUGUCCUACUGAAAGAAAGAAACAUGCUCUUAACUUUAGAGCAGGAGGCCAAGCGGCAGAGGUUGCCAAUGCCAAGUCCGGAGCGGUUAGAAAAGGUAAUAGAUUCCAUGGAUGCCUUAGAUAAAGUUGUCCAGGAAAGAGAGGAUGCCCUAAGACUUCUUCAGACUGGUCAAGAAAAAGCUAGACCUGGUGCCUGGAGAAGAGACAUCUUUGGAAGAAUCAUCUGGCACAAGUUCAAGCAGUGGCCUAUACCUUGGUACCUAAAUAAAAGAUACAACAGGAAACGAUUCUUUGCAAUGCCCUAUGUGGAACGUUUUAUGAGAUUGAGAAUUGAGAAACAAGCCCGCAUUGAAGCAAGGAAGAAAAGUUUAGAGAAAAAGAAAGAAAAAUUUCUUCAGGAAAAGUUUCCACGUCAUUCUGAAGCCCAGAAGUCAACUGUUGUCUAAGAUGUCUGAAUUCUGAAGUUACUAUUUUGUUUUCCUUGGAUAACAAUCUAUAUACAAAAGUAAAUAUGUAUUAAGUAA